CACAGUAUCACAGCAUCACAGCAUCAACCUUUCAGCUUUGUCCUCUGAGAUGACUGCCCACCAGCCAUGGCAGACCGAGGACGCCCAUUCCAGGAGGUUUCGGUGAGGUCCAUCGUGGGUCAAAAUGGCUCCGAGAGAUUUGAGUACGACGACAAGCCAGAGAGGGUCUCCGACUGGCGUGUUAAUCUGACCGCACUUUCGAAAGUGCACAACCUCUAUUUCCUUGCUUGUUCCGAAGAGAUACAUGUCCAUCGCCCAACGUUUCCCGAACAGAGACUGUCUAGCAAACCUCUUUUGAAGCUUGGUCUGCCCGUGACUAGGCCAGGUCUACGAGGCUACCUUGACCCCCACCAUCCGCACUCGGCGAACCGUAUUCUGCUCGACUUUCUCGGUCACGAGGAAGCGCUUCUAGUUGCCUGUGAUGAUGGGGACGUGAUCGGAUUCUUCGUCAAGGAUAUCCUAAAGCAUGAGCCCCACGACACCACCGUUCCAAACGACAUUUGUUUGGUCCGCCCUUUCUUCCAUACGAACGUUGCAAAGAGCGCUUGGGGCUUGGCUAUCCAUAGCGAAGCUCGGUUAAUUGCUGUCAGUGCAAACACCCGCAAGGUUAGCGUGUUCGUGUUGGCGCUCAGCCCGUCCGCAGAAUCUUUAGCUUUAGAUCCGGCCCGAAGCUAUGAAAGGAAAUUGGAAUCAGCAGACAUGGGCGACAACAUCCCGGCCGUCCACUUCAACAACACCGGUUCGGAUCCAAAGGGCCAAUGGAUUUUGUGUAGUACGAUUGCCGGGCAAGUCUUCGUCUGGGAUACUCACCGGACACCGUUUUACGCCGAGCGUCUCAGUCUCGGCUUUUGCUUUGGCGUCUUGCAUGAGCCAACGCAACCUGCUCAGUGCACGUGCUUUGACCAGCACGGUUAUCCUCACGCUCUCUGGAACUCAGUAUUCCUAGAUCCUCGGUCGUUCAAAAAGACUCAUCUAAUUGAAGUAACCCUUGGCACUUCCAAAGUCUCCAAGUCUCAUUGGUUCUGGGACAUCUCGGCGAGCAAGCUCAACAUUCCCGGAGGCCAAAAGCUCCUUAGCAGCCCCAGUCCUCGUACUCCUGCUCCUGCCUCUGCAACGGUGGCUGUUGACAACAACACCGGCGUUACGUUCAAUCUUGACUCUCAAUGGAUGCACGACGAUGAUUCUCUUGAGGAAGAGGAAGAAAUUGUUGCCUCCGAUGCCGCAACUGGCCAACCGAGGCGCCGUUUCUAUAUGCAACACCUAAUCUCGGACGGUGGCCGUACAUCUUCAUCCAACUCGCACUGCCCCGUCCUUAUUGUUGCCAAAAAGGACCUAUUCCUAGUGCAACCACUCACCUCCGAGGCUACGUCUCCGCCCGUCAUCGUAUUACAUAACCCUCUUGCUCAAACUCAGAGCCAAUUUCCAAAGUCACGAGACCGAAUGUGCUUUUUUGAGCAAAUACCCGAGCUCGGCGUGGUCAUCGUUGCGUCAAGCAUCGGCCGCGCCGCCGUCAUAACUUUGACCCAAUAUAACGAGCUCGACGACAAAGAACUCCCACAGCCCGUGUACGGCUUCCGGCUCGAUCAUCUUCUCCCAUUUCCAGAACAAGAGAAGGAUGGCUGGCGCCGUGGGUGGAUGCUCGGCAUUGCGGUCAGCCCUUUGCAGGGUAUGUUGGGCACGGAGGGGGUACGUCGCUGGCGGCUUAUACUCUAUUAUGCGGAUCAUACGGUUUUAGCGUAUGAGAUUGGCAAGAUUCGUGAGCCGCGAAACCGGGGCGUCGAGGCUCUAGUAAUUUAGUUUUCGCAAGGAGGGGUUGAAGCUUUUGUGGUUUAAAUCUCACGAUGAGGGAGAGAGAGGGAGCUUCUAGUCUUUCGUUCGGCAUAAAUACCCCUGAGCGCCUUCGACCUUUCUUUUUAGAAAGCCUUGCCAAAAGUUUUGGCACACACUCACCACCGUUGGAGGUUCUUUAGUGCAUUUGAAAAGCUGUUGUACGAUGUAAAAUUCUGAACAGCGUAAAUCAGAGAGCUAUCACACGCUGACAGCACCGCCUACUUGCCGGUAUUUGUAGUGCUUCAGCGCCGCAUCGUAAA